GGCCCCUGCGUCCCUCCCACUGAAUUGCGGGACGGAGCCGAGCGGGCCAGGCUAGGCUGGCGACGCUGCCGGCCGCUAGGCUGGCAAGGGCCGCGGGCGCCGGGCUCGGGGCUCCAGAAGCCGCCGAUGGGAAGCGACGCCCCAAAGGGCGAGAGACGCCGCCGCGGCCACCGAUAACGCCGCGGCCACCAUGGGGAACAAGCAGACCAUCUUCACUGAAGAGCAGCUGGACAACUACCAGGUGAACCCGGCGCGCCGCGGCCCCCCAUCUCUGUUCACCCCACCUAACCACACAGACUUCAACACUGACAAUUUCAUCUGUAAAGAAGACUUGGAGCUGACGCUGGCCCGACUCACUAAGUCAGAGCUGGAUGAGGAUGAGGUAGUGCUUGUAUGCGACAAGGUCAUUGAGGAAGCUGACCUGGAUGGUGACGGCAAGCUGGGCUUCGCUGACUUUGAGGACAUGAUCGCCAAGGCCCCUGAUUUUCUCAGCACUUUCCACAUCCGAAUCUGAGGACAUGCCAAGGCUGCAGGGGCCUGGAAGCCCACCUUCUGGCCUGCUGUCUGUGCAGGUAUGGUUUCCAAGCACUUCAGGAAAGGAGCUGUAGCCUCUGGGGUUCUCACCCAUGGACAUUUCCUGUGGCCCUUUCAGCAAAAAAACAAAUAAAAAACUUAAGAGCAAUGAGGUUGUGAAGAGCAGGACCCUUCCCGGGGGGCCCCCAGUGGUUCAGCCACAAGACCAACGGUCCCCCUGGGGGCCCUCUCAACCACCCCCUCGCCCAGUCCUUUUCUCACCCAGCAAUGUCCCCUAGGAGGGGAAGGUGGGAGACCCAACAGGAGGGGUGGGGCUGGGUUAUCCAUAUGCCGGGCAGACACCCCGUACCCAGGGCUAAGGGCAAAAACCCAGCAAAGGGAAACAACGAACAAAAGAAGCAGAGACUGGGGUUUUAACAAGCUAUGCAAUCUUUUACUAAAGCCAAGACUGGGCUGCACCCUCCCCCACGCCUGCCCUGCCCUCUCCUUCCCCAGUGUGAAGCUGUGUGAGCAGUGGGUCCAAAGGGCUCUGCCCCCGCUCCCUCCCCAAUGACAUGGUGUUGCUGGUGUGUGCUGACCUCAGACUUGUGAAUUCCUAGGAAUAAAACACUUUUGUGUCCUGCA